UCACAGAAGUAUCAUCUGCAGAGUCUGCUACCAUUCUUUCAGUGUGAGAGACAGGAUGAACAUAUUUCUUAUGGUGGGUUUGGGACAUCUGUACCACCGUUUGGCUGCUCGUUCAGUGCAGCGAUGGAUUUACCCCAUGUGCUUGCAGUGGCCAAUGAGGAAGGCAUAGUCAAGUUGUAUGAUACAGAAUGUCAGAACACCGAUAGAAAAAUUCUGAAAGAUUGGCAAGCACAUACUAAUGCAGUCUUUGACCUUGCCUGGGUGCCAGGAGAGCACAAAUUGGUUACAGCUUCAGGGGACCAGACUGCUAAGCUGUUCGACGUUAAGGUCGGAGAGCUGAUUGGUGAAUGUAGAGGCCACCAGUGCAGCUUGAAGUCUGUUUCUUUCUCCAAGUUUGAAAAAACUGUGUUCAGCACUGGAGGUCGGGAUGGAAAUGUUAUGGUCUGGGAUACUCGAUGCAGCAAGAAAGAUGGUUUCUAUAGGCAAGUGAACCAGAUCACAGGGGCUCACAAUGCACCAGAUAAACAAACCCCACUGAAGAUGAAAAAGAAGAAACCUGCUUUCAGAGGACUUGCGCCAUCUGUGGAUUCCCAGCAGAGUGUAACAGUGGUCCUCUUUCAGGAUGAACAUACGAUCAUAUCAGCAGGAGCUGUUGAUGGCAUUAUCAAAAUGUGGGAUUUGAGAAAGAACUACACUGCUUACCGACAGGAUCCAAUACCAGCAAAAGCCUUUUCAUAUCCUGGGAGUAGUACGCGUAAACUUGGGUAUUCUAGUCUGGUUCUGGAUUCCACAGGAUCUAACCUAUUUGCUGGCUGUACCGAUGAUAACAUUUAUAUGUUUAAUCUCACUGGAUUAAAGAGUGAUCCUGUGUCAGUCUUCAGUGGUCACCUGAACUCCACCUUCUACAUAAAGUCCAGUCUCAGUCCCGAUGGUCAGUUCCUGCUCAGUGGCUCCAGUGACCACAAUGCUUACAUUUGGAAGGUGUCAACGCCUCUGGCUUCACCCAUCAUGCUCCAGGGGCACAGUCAAGAGGUCACUUCAGUUACAUGGUGUCCAUCUGACUUCACCAAGAUUGUUACAUGCUCUGAUGAUAACACUGUGAGGGUUUGGCGGUUGAGGAGAAGCUGCAGCAAAAAUGGAGCGGAACGAGCAAACUCUGUUGGCUGGACACAUCAGAAGAUUGAUUGUACUCCUGUAGGUAUUCUAUUAACAGGCUCAAGAAUAUCUACGCCUGAUAAAUCAACCCUAGUGCAAAGCCCCUGUUUUAUGGCUUCUCCUACUCCAGCCACUUGUGUUCCAAGUUACACUGCGGACCUCCCAAUGUCGUCCAACACCCCAACUUCUCCUUUCACAACAGUUCCUAAAUGCUACACACCAAAACAGAAGGCCGAAGCUUUCACUUCAUCUCCUAAACAGAUGUCCGCUUCAAAGGUGUCCAUUAAGGACUGGAUCACGCGUACUCCGAGGUCAUAUAUGGCGGAUAUGAAGACUCCAUCUCCUCGAAAGGCCUUCACCCCAGUAGAGCAGUACCCCAGAGCGUCUACUUCUAGGCUGUCCCCUGUUUGUGAGAAGAAGGCUAAGAGACGUCUGGAUACCAGCAGUGAUAAAGCAGAGAAUAUGAGUGUUUUAAUAACUGUAACUGUGUGA